UGUCGCACAAAUAUAAUUAAACUGCAUUUAUGACUUGUAAAUAUCAGCGACAGGCAGGUGCACCCAUCCAGUCGCCAUGGAAACUCUUCACUUCUUACUGACUGUUGGGAAGCGCUGCGUGUGUGUGUGCGUGUGCGUGUGCGUGCGUUUGACUGAGAAAAGAGCCGCUGAAAAGAUUCCACCCAUUUUGUCGUUAUGUUUUUGUAAUGCGUGGCAUCCCUCUGGGCGUGGGUCAGAUCUUCGCCUGUGGCGCUCUGGGGCCCUCCCUCCUCAUCCUGGGAGCUGUUCUGCUCUACUCCCCCCUGUUGGCCGCCCAUGCUCUGCUGGGAUCAGCAGUAGGAACGUUGGCUGGUCUAUCCAUGGCGGUGCGUCAUGCUUCUCUGUACUCGGGUCUGUCGGGGUUUAAUGGAGCUCUGGGCUGCAUGGCUGUUGGAGGACUCUUCUUCACCUUCAGCUGGAGGACUCACCUCUUUGCCAUCGCCAGCGCCUUCCUCUCUGCGUAUGCCGACAUCGCUCUGAGCAAUCUGCUGGGAACGGUUGGUCUCCCAGCAUGCAGUUGGGCAGCUACUCUGACAGCCACACUGAUGUUGCUGCUGACCGGCAGUUUAGCAACUUACCGUAUCCCUAUUGGUCAAGUCAUGGCCCCUGAACACAACCUGCGCUCCCACAGCCAAUGGGAAGCUGGGAACGCCGCAGACAGGGAGACCACUGAUGUGUAACGUAUUGUAACGUAUCAGUACUUUGUACUACGUUGGAUGGGCUGGACCAAAAUAAUAUACAUUUUUAUUAUCAACAUUUUAUAAAGACAUUCUUAGAAAUACACUGUCAAAAAACUAUAUGACUAUUAAAAUAAAAUAUUUAAGGAUGCCGUCAUUCCACGUUUUGUCCACAAGGGGGCAAUGCAUGUUCAGAAACCAUGCUGAAAAUGUUUCAUCACAAUUGUUAUAUAAGCUUCUGUAUUCAGAUCCAACUAUUUAUAUUAAAUGUGUAACAUUUCCAACCAAGUUUUGCCACUUGUGUUAUUCAGUUUUAACUCACCAUGACGACUAGAAAAGCCAAAGAAAUAGUCAAUUUAAAGGGAAAGAAAACGUCUUUUAAUAGGCAUGAAAUCAUCAAGUCAGUUCAAUAAACUCAUUUGUUGUUAAAAUGACAGUUUAACUGUUAUUGUCAAGAAGAACACAGACUGAAUUCAACAGUAAUUGUUUUUUUAACCCCUUCAUUACCCUGCAUAGACAUAAAACAGCACUUCACUGGGACAGAAACAGACACGCACAUGUAUCUCAACGCAGGCUGACAGUGAGACGAUGAGUACACACAGAUGUGAUGGUUUAUGAAACGGACGUGUCAGCUGUUUAGGCCAGGAAGGAAACUGUAUUAUUUUAUACCCUCUUAAAUGAAAAAGUGAAGGUGUUCUGUGGUUCAUUAUUAGACUUUUCACAGUGCUUCAUGUUGCCUGUGUAGAUUAUUUGAUCUAUAUUCCCAAACACACACGUGUCCACAUUCACACACAAACCUUACACCCAAGUUUAAAGUAAAAAAUUAAAUUGAAUAAAAAUAAUUUAAAACAUUAUUUCCUUUUAUUUCCACACAGGUAAAAGUGACAUUCUUCCACAAACAAUAACAUAUUCUAAAGAUUUUAAAGAUUCUUUGCAUCAUGCAUUUCUGUCUCAGUGCUUUCAGGAUUGUUUUGUCUACAUCAUCUUUAGGUCUUUUAAUGAACUACUUCACAGACGAUGGUGAUGAGGUUGGUAACGAGACAAAACAUACAAAAGUGCCUCUCAGUCUGUGAUUGAUCAAGCAUAAUAAUAAUAAUAAUAAAAAAGAAAAAGUAGAAAUACUUGCACAAACUUGUCUUUUAAG